AUGGAGGCCGAUGGUAUAGCGGAAGGUUUUUCAAAAAGCAUUGAAAUGCAUGGACUCAAAUUUAAUAAGCUUAUUGGUGACGGAGACAGUAGUGUUGUGAAACGUCUAAAUGAGAUUUUACCAUAUGGCCCUAGAUUCAUGAUAGAAAAAAUCGAAUGUCGAAAUCACUUACUGCGCAAUUAUAUAAGUAAACUUAAAAUGCUCGCUACAAAAACUGAGUAUCCAGUAACAAUACGGAAGUUUAUAGUGACUAAUAUUUUAAGAUUUCGGUCUGAUGUUACUAAAGCAAUAACUUAUCAAAAAAAUAUAUUGGAUAAAUCAAAAAAUCAGAAAAUUGCAGAUCUUAAAUACGAUUUGAAGAAUGCACCUUAUCAUAGAUUUGGACAACACCAAGAAUGUAAUUCUUAUUUUUGUAAAGGGUCAAAAAUAGGUGAAAUCAACAUGGUACCAGAAGCAUUACGAUGUGGUAUUUUACUAGAAAUAGACAAAAUUAUAUCUCGUUUAGUAAAUAAUAGCUCCAGUUUAAUUGAAGAUCUAGAUAAUAAUAUAUGCGAACAAUUUAACUCAAUUAUCAAUAAAUACGUGGGCGGAAAAAGAAUUAAUUUUUCGCAAAGUAAUAAUUAUUCGACCCGGGUAAAAGCAGCUAUUAUUUCCUUUAAUUCCAGAACAUAUUUACGCACAAUACAUAAGAAAAUUAUGAAUUUUAGUCCAGGAAAAAUCGGUAAAAAGUUUAUAAAAAAUACUGAUCGUAUAAGGUUGAAUACUGUAAACCGACGGAUAUUAAAUAAUAAUCAAAAAAGGUAUAGGAAAAAAAUGGUUAGUGCCCGAUCAAAAGGUCCUGACAGUCAUUAUGGGUUAGCUGAACCUCUUAUGGAUACUAUAGACGAAGAUGAACUACAGGAAAAGAAAAAUACAUUUAUUCAAUAUCUGCAUACAGUUGACACAAAACAAAUAGAAAUUGAUACGAGGGACCAAAACUUGAAUCCCAAUUGGUUUCAAGAACGAAAAAUCAGGUUGACAGCUUCACGGUUUGGUGAAAUUUGCAAAAUGCGACCAAACACCAGCUGCAAGACCAAAGUCCAUAGUAUACUUUAUAAGCCUCCAGUUACAUCAAAACAAAUGACUUAUGGACAUAAUAUGGAACAUGAAGCUAGACAAAAACUGAAGGAAAUCAUUAAGCUUGAUGUUCAAUUAUGUGGUCUUGUUAUAGAUACCAUUUUUCCAUACUUAGCAGCAAGUCCAGAUGGUUUGGUUGGAGAUCAAGCUAUUGUAGAAAUCAAAUGUCCAUACACAGCAAAAGAUAGCGAAAACAGUAUUGAUGCCGUAAAUAAUAAACUUUUGUCAUAUUGUUAUAUAACACAAGAAAAUACACUAAAGUUAAAAAAUGAUCAUCAAUACUAUUAUCAAGUUAUGGGUCAACUUCAUAUAACACGUAGAAAUGUUUGUUAUUUUGUUGUUUAUACUAAAAAAUGGAUAAGUGUAGAACACAUUUAUUACGAUAAAACAUUUUGGGAAGAAAAAAUGGUCAAAAAGUUGAAUUUGUUUUAUACAGAGUGUAUUUUACCAGAAAUUGUUGAUCCGCUAUAUGGGAAAAGACUUCUCAUAUCAGACAUAAGAGAACCCACUUAUAUAAAAGAAAAAAUAAACAAGUGA